AUGGCGACCAAGGUCAACCAGGAUCCUAAGAAGCGGACUUCCGCUGCCACCAACCUCGUCGCUGGUGGUGGUGCCGGUAUGAUGGAGGCUCUCGUCUGCCACCCUCUCGAUACCAUCAAGGUCCGCAUGCAGCUUUCUAAGCGCGGCCGCGUGCCUGGCCAAGCCAAGCGCGGCUUCAUCAAGACCGGUGUCGAGAUUGUCAAGAAGGAGACCGCUCUCGGUCUCUACAAGGGUCUCGGUGCCGUCCUGACCGGUAUCGUCCCCAAGAUGGCCAUCCGCUUUACCUCGUUCGAGUGGUACAAGCAGCUCCUUGCCGAUAAGCAGACCGGUAUUGUCUCCGGCCAGGCUACCUUCUUCGCCGGUCUUGCUGCCGGUGUUACCGAGGCCGUUGCCGUCGUCACCCCCAUGGAGGUCAUCAAGAUUCGUCUCCAGGCCCAGCACCACUCCAUGGCUGAUCCUUUGGACGUUCCCAAGUACCGCAACGCCGCCCAUGCGCUCUACACUGUCGUCAAGGAGGAGGGUUUCGGUGCGCUCUACCGUGGUGUUUCCCUGACCGCUCUCCGCCAGGGUUCCAACCAGGCUGUCAACUUCACUGCUUACAGCUACUUCAAGAAGUGGCUCUAUGAGUGGCAGCCCGAGUACGUCGGCCAGAACCUGCCCUCUUACCAGACCACCCUCAUCGGUCUCGUUUCCGGUGCCAUGGGUCCUCUCUCCAACGCCCCUAUCGAUACCAUCAAGACCAGACUCCAGAAGAGCGUUGCUCAGCCCGGCGAGUCGGCGCUCCAGAGAAUUACCAAGAUCUCUGGUGAGAUGUUCAAGCAAGAAGGUUUCCACGCCUUCUACAAGGGCAUCACCCCCCGUAUCAUGCGUGUCGCGCCCGGCCAGGCCGUCACCUUCACCGUCUACGAGUUCCUUAAGCAGAAGAUCGAGCGGACUGGCCCUGCUAGCCUGACUGGCGAGAGGUACGAGGAGUGA